UUGAUAUCUUAUAAGGAAUACCAGCCUCAUUGGGGUACCUACCUAACCUACCUAAGUUACCAGUCGAGAUAUGGGAAAUCCCUUGUCCUAUAAAUUUAGAAAACGUCUGCCUGCCUGCCCGCAGGCCCGGGAGUGUUAUACAUAUCAUCCCAGAGACCUGUAGAUAUCAAAUUCUAUUAAUAAACCUUAGUUCGCUUUGCUAUCAAUUAAAUUCUUCGGCCAAGAGCAUUUAUAUUCGUACACUAGAGAAACGAACCUGUAGAAUAAGACCGGGAAUUAUCUCUCCUUAAGUAUCGCGUGGUGGUGUUAUGUAACCUAUAAGCUGAGCUUUGUAUGUACCUAUGUAAUCUUACACCAUCGUUAUUAAUAAGAAUCUAGGCUGAGCAGCAGUGAGCAGUGAGCACUGACCAGCGGGAUCUAGCUGUAGUUGAGUGCUGACGGUGGGUCUUUCUCAAAACACAAUGCCACAUGAGGGUAGGAUUUGAUGGAAGAUGGGGGAAUGGUUCAAUGAAAUCAUCGCCCGCAGCCAGGGGUUCAUUCGCUCUGGAUCGAGUAAAUUCGUCUGCCUGACGAGAGGUUAUUAAUCAUAUAUGGAGAUGAGAAAGGGUCACACAAAGGUAUGUUUUAUGACCGCGCGUAUUCCCCUUUUCUCGUGAUACCCCCUUUGGACUUACGAACUUCGCAUAAAUACGAUGGCUGAAUCAGCUCCCACAGUCCAGCGCCAACGUCAACGCAAGUUUCAUCGCAGGUCAAGAAACGGCUGUUCCACAUGCAAGACUAAGCACAUCCGGUGCGACGAGAGAAAACCACUGUGCACAUACUGUCUUCGACAUGGUGGAGAAUGUGGCUACCCGGACGGAGAUGCUGAGUCUAAUACCCCGGAGGCCGGGUGUGGGCCCGGAUCCAGGGCUGAAUCUAGAGAGCCUCACGAAUCUGCCGAACCUUGCCUGCCCUUGGUAGACGCUUCUCUAAAAGACCCAUUCCUAGGAACCUCGUACCACAUGCCCCACAAGUCACGGUCGUUAUUCCAACUCUUCGCAAAUACAAGGGUACUAUACACGACCCGGGUUGAAAGAAGCGCGGAUUCAUUCAUCGUACACAAAGCCUUAUCCCAUCCCGGGUUCCUCCAUGCUGCGUUGUUAAUGACUGCUCUGCAUUGGGCAUGGUGCACCGGUGAUGUCGAGCACUUCCGAGUCCCUUACUUCUAUCACAAGCUGCAGGCGAUACGAUUCGUCACGGACCAGCUAAGGAAUCCAGACGCCGCUAUCCACGACGGCACAAUAGCAGCCGUCUCAAGCCUUGCCCUGGUCGAGAAUGCCUUGGGCUCUGUCGACGCCGUGUCAUCUCAUCUACGCGGGCUCGCGAAAAUUAAAGAAUUACAAGGCGAAGACAGACGUCCUAGGAAGAUGGGCUUGCUUCAACGAAUGAUCCUGAUGGCAGCCAGAAGCGUUUCCAGCCGCCCCGUUUUGGAUAUCCUUGACAUUAGUCGAACAGACCUGGUACACCAGUCCGUGAUAAUAUCACUGCUCCGAGUUGCACUCCGGCCAAUCUAUAACCUGCGAAUGUUGGGUGGCUCGUACGAUUCGGAAGAGCCGCUCUCAGAAAUCCUAGCGAGAAAGGCAUCUCACUCUCGAGUAAGCGAUAGUAACGCCUUAUCGCCUCUUAGAUCAGUCGAUAGUAGUAGAUCUGGGUUCAUAGCGUGCUACUUCUAUCUCUACGUAAUCAUACGUGAAGGCAUGGUUGAUUCAUUCAUACUUAAUUGGUUCAUCGAGCAGUUACUUGCGGACGUCUGCCGCACCGAGAUGCCCAUGCAAACGGGCCAAUAUAGUCAGUCGCUCUGGUUUUGGUCUGUUAUGUUCGGUGCGUGCGUCACGAUGGCGGCUAAGACUAGUGACGAUCUCGAGAGGAGGCAGAUGAAGGUAUAUCGGGACGUAUAUUUGGACAAGAUCAACCUCGUGAGUCGCGUGCUAAAGAUAAAAAAUUGGGAAGCGGCCAAGUCGAUGCUAAGGCUCUUCGCCUGGGAGGACAGCUUUGACGGAGAGACAGAACUCAAGGCAGUAUGGGAAGAGGCAGUCUGGGAAAGCGAAAAAACACCCUGCAAAUGGUACAGCGAUAAAAACGUCGAAUAUUAAAGGGCUAUGAAUUGCUGGUGAAAAAGGUGAAGAUCAGGCUUGGCUUGUAUAAGUGUGUCUGGCAUAAUAAAAUACCGGAAUGGACACGAUAGCACCGAAUAGGCAAAGCCGUAUCGAGCAAAGACUGAAGCCGUCACGACCGGACUUGUCGGGGAAUUGAGAAACACCUCGUCAACCCGAAAACCGGCCUAGCUGUCCCAAAACUGCAUCCCAAAACUGCAUCCCACGCCUACGCAACAAGCACGACUGGCACGACUGAAGCAUCCUUUCCCUUUCCCCUCUUGCUUCCGAUAACAACCGUCGAUGAAGACGAGGCGGUUAGGAAAUUCAAAAUCUUGAUACUACAUGGUGAGUAGGUAUGGAUGGGGAUUGCAGCCGAAAGAAAAUAAUGCCCUUUUUUUUUUUUUUUUUUUUUUU